AUGCAGCACAGAUUGAGCUCCCAAAAUAGACAAGCAAAAAUAAUGGGCGGGAUGGUUGACACGGCAGCGUUCUACACACUGCUGUGCGGCGCCUUACUGUUCGUCACCCUCGUCGUCAAGCUCAAGAAGGCGACCAAUCCCCGGCAAAACGGCGGCGUGAACCUCCCUCCGGGCCCGUGGGGGCUGCCGGUGAUCGGGAGCAUCCACUGCCUGCUCGGCUCCCUGCCGCACCACGUCACCAUGCGGAACCUCGCCCUGCGGUACGGCCCCGUCAUGCUCCUCCGCCUCGGCCACGUCCAGACGCUGGUGCUGUCCUCCCCGGAGGCGGCGAGGGAGGCCAUGAAGACCCACGACGUCGCCUUCGCCACCCGGGCGGUCACCCCGACGGCGAGCAUCCUCACCUACGGCGCCCGCGACAUCGUCUUCGCGCCGUUCGGCAAGCACCUGCGGGAGCUCCGCAAGCUGUGCACGCUGGAGCUGCUCAGCCCCAAGCGAGUCAGCUCCUUCCGCCAUCUCCGGGAGGAAGAGGCAGCGGGGCUCGUCCGCUCCGUCGCCGCCGCCGUGGCGGCAUCGUCGCCGCCGGCGGCCAUCAACGUCAGUGAGCUCGUCAAGAUCACGGCGAACAACAUCAUCAUGAGGGUCAUGAUCGGCGACAGGUGCCCGCAGCAGGAGGAGUAUCUGGAGGCUCUGGACAAGGCCAUGGAUCUCCUCGCCGGAUUCAACCUGGUCGACCUGUUCCCCGGCUCGCGGCUAGCAAGGCUGCUCGGUGGCCGGGCCCUGCGCGCCACGAAGCGAGUUCAUGAGAAGUUCCAUCGAAUCAGUGACACCAUUAUCCAAGGCCACGGGAACAAGUACGAUUACGACGUAGGAACACGCCACAAGUGUGAGGACACCCUCGAUGUUUUGCUGCGGCUUCAGAGAGAUGGUGGGCUUGGAAUCACCCUCACUAAGGAAAUUGUCAGCGCCGUGUUGUUUGAUUUAUUUGCUGCUGGCUCGGAGACUACACCAACAACGAUAAUUUGGGCCAUGUCCGAGCUUAUGAGGAAUCCCCAUGUGAUGGAGCGAGCACAGUCUGAGAUUCGACAGGUACUUCAUGGCAAAUCCAAGGUUAGUGAGGCGGACAUAGAAGACCAACUCCAUUAUCUACACCUGGUUAUCAGAGAAACUCUUAGGCUGCAUCCUCCAGUGCCAUUUGUCAUACCAAGGUUAUGCUCUGAACCAAACAGUAAAAUCAUGGGGUACGACAUACCUCUGGGCACUACGGUGUUAGUGAAUGUAUCAGCGAUAGGCAGAGACAAGAAGAUUUGGAAAGAUGCAGAUGAGUUUAGGCCUGAAAGAUUUAAAGAUGAUAUCGUUGAUUUUAGUGGCACGGAUUUUAGGUUUAUUCCUGGCGGUGCUGGUCGAAGGAUGUGUCCGGGUUUAACGUUUGGAGUGUCCAAUAUUGAGAUUGUGCUUGCGAGCCUUCUAUACCAUUUUGAUUGGAAGCUGCCUAGUGAAACAGGCGAAUGUGAGCUAGAUAUGUCAGAAAUUCAAGGGGUCACUGCACGUCGCCGAACUGAUCUUUUACUCAAAGCUACUCAUGUGUAUGCAUGAUUGGACUAGUCCAUCGGUAUAAACAAGUAUAUGUUCAUAGUGUCAACACAAAUGAUUGACCUCUUAAUAAAAUUAUUGUCCAUCUUUAUCUUUUAUUACAUUUUAUUUAUAUUAAGAAUGGAGGAGGGAGGAUAAUUAUGCCUUAAUUAAGAAUUGUAGAUGUGGUGGCUACAAUAGGUUGAUUUGAGACUUUGAGGUAUCUCUAGUUUGUGGAUCAGUUAUUUGCUUU